GAAAGGAAGCUCCAAAAACUUCAGGCUCCCGCAGUGAUGAUCUCAUUGCUGGCAGGGGUGAAUUGUGAUAAUUUGGUGCUGCAAGAUGAUCGUGCCAAAUGCCUGCCUUAAGUAGCCACAGAUUUGUAAAUGGCAUCGAGCAGAAUGAAUAACAUAUACAAAGCUCUCAUAUUUUUCCUUCUCUUUCAUACGAUGCCCUGUGUAUCUUCGCCUACUUUCCAGUCUUGGACUUCCAAAACACUUCCAUGAUCGAUUCAAAAUAUCUAGCCCUGGAAGAACACCGGGAGACACUGAUCAAAGCAAUCAACCCAGCAUUUAGAGGACGAAGUUAUGGGGUUUAUGUUUAAACAAGAUGCCUCCCAGAUUUUUUUGUGCUUUCGGAGAGAUGCCAAGCAUCCUUUUUCGCAAGAAGCUGGCUAUGGCGUGCUGCAAGAUGUAUGUAUCCACCUCUUCCAAUAGGCAGGCCAUGGAGAACAUAGAACAAGCAAUGCGCGGCCACCCUCAAGUUCCACUGCUCCAUACUUUCCGCGACGAGCAUUACGACAGGGUGGGCUACACUCUCGCCGGCAAGUGCGGCUCUACAGCAAGCCGUGAAAAUUUUGCGGACGCCAUAGUCGAUAUGAUACGAGCCGCAAUAUUGAACAUUGAUCUCCAAAAGCAGUCUGGAAGCCAUCCUCGUCUGGGUGUCGUGGACAAUCUGUGCUUUCAUCCACUGGGAAAGGAGGCUUCUAUGGAUCAAGCAGCUGAAUUGGCUAGAUCGUGUGCACGAAGUAUUGGAGCUAAACUUCAAGUUCCAACUUUUCUUUAUGGUGCUGCUAGUUAUGAAAAUGUCCCGCUGGACGCCAUUCGCAGAUCUCUGGGCUACUUUAAGUCGGCAAAGCCUGGGAUUUGGCAAGGAUCAUCGAACAACACAGCGUUAUCACAGCCUCCACAAUUCGGCCCAGCUCAUUUUCCUGCCAGCACUGGGAUUAUCACUGCGGGAGCUUGUCCCUGGAUCGCCAACUACAACAUCCCUCUCCAGACGGGCGAUCUCCAAGCCGCUCGGAGAAUCGCUCGCAGCGUGUCGCAGAGAGGCGGCGGCCUGGCUCACGUCCAGGCGAUGGCUCUGGCUCACGGCGUGGACUCGAUCGAGAUUGCGUGCAACUUGCUCGAUGUCCACGAGACCAGCCCUUCGAGUGUGCAGAGCUUCGUGGAGUUCCUGGCUAGAGACGAGUCAUCAGUGGAACGAGUCUGCCUUGGCUACUUGACAAAUCUCGAAGAGGAGUCCAUCUUGGAGCUCGCAAUGGAGAAGAUGGAACCUUGAAAAGGAUUAUUUUGUUCUAUAAAUUAUAGGCCAUUUAAAGUUAUUUCUAAUCAUUGUU